AUGUCCCAUAAACCUUCACCCUCCAAGUUAUCACAAGACACUGUUGAUGGAACCUCCAAACUCUUGGGAGUUAUCCUUUUUGUACUUUUGUUAGCUUUUUGCUGGGCACUAUGGUUUAUUAUCUCUAUCGCUUUGGAAGGUCAUUCACAAAUGGAGUUCAUCAUAGCCGAUGCCUCAAUCACUGAGUUCAAUUUCACAAGUGACAACACUUUAUACUAUAAUUUUAAGCUCAAUAUUUCUGUGAGAAACCCGAACAACGACAACGAGUAUAUGGGCAUGGUCCAUGCAAUUUCUUCUUAUAAAGGUAAUAAAUUUGGUGCAGUGGAUAUAAUAUCCCAUAAAUUAUAUGGCAGGACUACCAAUUUUCUUAGGUCUGUCGUAUUCUACGGGAACAAUUUAAUCAAACUCAAUGCUCAAAAAUUUAUUGAGUAUGAAAAUGAGAUGCGAUUGGGAAUUUUUAAUUUAGAUUUGAAAUUAGAUAUUAUAUUAUACAGCGAACCUGUACCUGUUUAUUGUUUAGGUUUGAGAGUUCCUUUGAUAUCCAUUGAAAAAUUAGAAUCUAUUUUCAAUAUUACCAAAUGCUCCCGUGAAUACCAGGGAUGGUGGUAG